UCGCUCGCGCAGCUGCUAGGCUGCUAGCACCAUUUUGUGAUGAAUGAGGGGAGGUAGUUAGAGUUGCGGAUUAGACGUAGAUUGGUGUUAUAUAGCCACUUUUCUGGGAUAUAGCUUUGUUUUUAAGUUCUAAGAUAUAUUAAGAAGAAGGAGCGUUAGUUGUACAGUUGUCGUGCGCUAAGUAGAGAAGUUUGGAGCGUGAUUGUGUCGAGUCAAGUCAGCGAGCGCUAAGCUAACGUUACACAGCUAACAUAUCUACUCGAGUCUUUUAGAGAAAAGGAGAGAUCCCUGCGAGUCUGAAGGAACAUGAGCGCCCCUUCUUCUCAAAAAGUCGUGCUGAAAAGCACCACCAAGGUGUCCCUGAAUGAGCGCUUCACGAACAUGCUGAAGAACAAGCAGCCGACAGUGAGUAGCAUCCGGGCGAGCAUCCAGCAGCAGCACAUGGCCAGUGCGAGGAACCGUCGGCUCGCUCAGCAGAUGGAGAACAGGCCCUCUGUGCAGGCUGCCCUGCAACACAAACAGAGCCUAAAACAGCGACUUGGGAAGAGCAACAUCCAGGCCAGGCUGGGUCGGCCCAUCGCCUCGCUGAUGCCGGGAGGCGGCAGAGGACGAGGUUUUCCUGGAGGAUUUCGAGGAGCUGGACGAGGACUGCGGGGAAGAGGGAGAGGUGGAGGCAUGAGAGGAGCACUCUCUCUAAGAGGUGCAGGUCAGAUGAGAGGUAGGGGUGGUCCUGGACGUAUCGGUCUCCGUCGAGGCAUGCGUUAUCGCGGAGGAGCUGCAGGACGAGGUGCUAUGGGUGGCCGAGGAGCAGCACGUGGAGCACCUGGAGGAAGAGGCCGCGGGGGUCUGAGAGGUCGUGGAGGGUUUGCAGGAAGGGGUCGUGGACGCGGCAGAGGCCGAGGAGCAGGCCGUCCCAUCGUCACACGAGAGCAGUUGGACAACCAGCUUGAUGCUUACAUGUCCAAGACCAAGGGCCAUCUGGAUGCCGAGCUGGACGCAUACAUGGCCCAGGCAGACCCUGAGAGCAUGGAGUAACCAGAGCCGAGCUGAGAGAGAGACUGCAGCCCCCCGAAGAUCUGCAGAGAAUAGACUGAUUGACAAGAUACACGUCCAGUACCAUUGAACCUGUUGCUCUUGGACACUCCCUGAGAAGACGUUUUAAACUUGAAGGUUGUACAAAGUUAUGUACUAUCCCUGUUACCUUCAAAGAUUUGUGAGUCGCCACUUGCGUUUUCUAAACUGAAC